AAACACAUAUUACCCAAGGCGCACCGCGGUCCUCGGUUCUGAAAAGCUGAGGUAAACUUUUGGCAAGAAUCGUUUUUGAAAUCACAAAAUUUCAUAUUUCCAAUGUAGAUUUCAAGGAGAUCUCUCAAAUUUGGCAUCUUUUCGGUGAAUUUCUAACGAUGUCUGGCAUUGCUCUUGGUCGUUUGUCAGAGGAAAGGAAAGCCUGGCGAAAAGAUCACCCAUUUGGUUUUGUUGCCAAACCUACGAAAAAUCCUGAUGGAACUUUAAAUCUUAUGAAUUGGGAAUGUGCUAUACCUGGGAAGAAAGGAACUCCAUGGGAAGGUGGACAGUAUAAAUUAAGAAUGAUUUUUAAAGAUGAUUAUCCCUCGUCACCACCAAAAUGUAAAUUUGAACCACCGAUAUUCCACCCAAAUGUAUACCCUUCGGGAACGGUUUGUCUAUCAUUACUAGAUGAAGAAAAAGAUUGGAGACCAGCGGUCACUAUAAAACAAAUUCUUUUAGGCGUACAAGAUCUCUUAAAUGAUCCAAAUAUAAAGGAUCCCGCGCAAGCUGAAGCUUAUACAAUAUACAGUCAAAAUCGGGUCGACUACGAGAAAAGAGUUCGAGCUCAGGCCCAGAGACACGCGGCCACAUGAAGGCCGCUUUCAAAACGAUCCGUCGCCUGUGGUCCAGUGAAGACAACACAAUUUCAAAAUAAUAAGACAUAUUAAAAGUAUUUAUUUUGUAAUGGCGUUGACAUAGGCUAUAAAGGACCUAUAAUUGUACAUCUUUUGAUCAUGUAAUAGUUAGCAAGAUAGCGACAGCUGGUACCAGCCAAUGGGUAGACUAAUGCUCCGGUUAUCGACAAAGUUUUUGAUCCCGACAAGAAGAAUAUAAUUCAACACCACAUCUGGAAAGAGCAUCUUAGAUUGAGUUAAACCCCAAAGUUUGAUUUUGAAAUAUUGUAAAAAUAUAGGAAAUAGCCUUUUUCCGUCCGAAAAUGAGUAUUUCCUCCGCCUGUAAAUAUGAGAUUUGCAGAUUUUCAGGCUAGUAUUUUCUGCUUCGGCGAAAUGUUUUUAGCAAAACUUUGCAGUGAAACUUAUUUCAGAUGCUCUUUCUAGUUGUGUUGUUUGCAUUAUGUUCUUUUUGUUCUGUUCGAAAUUUAGUCUAUCGUUUGAAUCAUCUGUUAAACACUGAGGCAGAUUCGUUGCUUUUUACAAUGUUUUGCCGUUCUCAAGUUGUAUUAAAAGCUAGAUCUCUGAAA